UCAGAGCGCUAAGCUCCUCGGACUUCACGGCUCCCCUGCUCAGGGCCCCCCACUACUGAGGAUCGAACCUCACCUGCAGGGGGCAGGGCGGCCCCUCCCCUCCCUAAUCCUGGCCUCGGCCCCGCCUCCUCCCCGAGCCGCCCCCGAGUCCUCAGGGAGGCUCCCGGGAGAAGGCAGGGGAGGCGGCGGUGGCAGCGGCAGCGGCAGCGGCAGCAGAGCGAGCCCCAGUCCGAGCCCCAGCCCGAAUCCGAGCCACAGGGAUAGCGACAGCGUGGAUUGGAGCCGGAGUGGGGGCCGGAACCCUGGGGGUUGCAGACUGCGCACAGAUAAGGAAACUGAGGACCAUAAAGAACCUUACCCAAGGUUAUGUGGUACAGCCAUGUCACUGCCUGUGGAUCCUUUGGGGACAGCACAGCUGAGUCCCGAGGAGCUGGUGAGCCAGACACGGCAAGUGGUCCAAGGACUGGAAGCCUUGAGGGCUGAGCACCGUGGCUUGGCCGGACAACUCCAGGAAGCCUUGGCUGAGGCUGGGGGCAGGCCAGGAGCAGAGACCUUCCCAGGUCUGGACGUGCUAGAGGAGAAGCACCAUGCUCUGAGCCAGUCUCUGGAGGCCAUUGAGCUAGGACUGGGAGAGGCCCAGGUGCUGCUAGCGCUGUCCACACACGUGGGGGCUCUGGAGGCGGAGAAGCAGCGGCUGCGGGCCCAAGCGCGGCGCCUGGCCCAGGAGAACUCGUGGCUGCAGGAAGAGUUGGAGGAGACCAGGCGGAGGCUGCAGGCCAGCGAGGAGACGGUGGCCCAGCUCGAGGAGGAGAAGAGCCACCUGGAGUUCUUGGGCCAGCUGCGGCGCUAUGACCCCUCGGACGAUGAGGCCCACCCCGGCGAGGCCAAGGAAGAGCCAGAGACCCAGCAGCGCCGAGACAGCCUCACCUCCCUGUUCUCCAACGAGGAGAAGAAAAGCACCGAGGCAUUCGGCACGGCGGCUGCCCAGCAAGGGGGCUACGAGAUCCCGGCCCGCCUGAGGACGCUGCACAACCUGGUCAUCCAGUACGCGGGCCAGGGCCGCUACGAGGUGGCCGUGCCCUUGUGCCGCCAGGCCUUGGCCGACCUGGAGCACACCUCGGGCCACUGCCACCCCGACGUGGCCACCAUGCUGAACAUCCUGGCCCUGGUGUACCGGGACCAGAACAAGUACAAAGAGGCCACCGAACUUCUCCAGGAUGCCCUGCAGAUCCGGGAACAGACCCUGGGGCCCGAGCACCCGGCAGUAGCGGCCACCCUGAACAACCUGGCGGUGCUGUAUGGGAAGCGGGGCCGCUACCGGGAGGCAGAGCCCCUCUGCCAGAGGGCCCUGGAGAUCCGCGAGAAGGUCUUGGGAGCCGACCACCCGGAUGUGGCCAAGCAGCUGAACAACUUGGCCUUGCUGUGUCAGAACCAGGGCAAGUUUGAGGAGGUGGAGAAGCACUACGGCCGGGCGCUGGCCAUCUACGAGGCCCUGGGCGGCCCCGACGACCCCAACGUGGCCAAGACCAAGAACAACCUGGCCUCGGCUUACCUGAAGCAGAACAAGUACCAGCAGGCCGAAGAAUUGUACAAGGAGAUUCUCAGCGGGCAGGAUCUCCCGGCCCCCCUGGAGCACCCCGGCAUUUCAGCCUCAGGAGACAAGGAGCACCAGGCCCUCCAGCGGAGCACCUCCUUUUCCAAGUUCCGGGAAACCCUCCGCCGAGGAAGCGAGAAGCUGGUGUCUCGCCUGAAGGGCGAGGGAUCGUCUGGGAUGAAGCGGGCCAUAUCUCUGAGCGUGCUCAAUACCGAGGUCUCCAAGGCCAGCAGGUUCCAGCUCCCGGGUAGCCAGCUGGGCCAGAUGAGAGCCCUGAGCACCAGCACGCAGGACCUGGGCUUCUCGCAGAACCAGCACUAGCACCGGCCGGCCCACAGAAGCUCCUCGGGACGUGCUGGGGGGGCGUCAUGGGCCCUUCUUCACCCCCCGCCCCGUCCCUCCUCUGGCUGUAUUUAUUGUAUUUAUACCCAAUGAGGUGUCCCCCCCAGGCUGAAGCAUUGGAGAUAAACCAGCCAACCCCCCCCCA